AUGGCUCAAGAUUCUCGUUCGCUCCCCGCAGUUAGCGACGUAGAAACUGCGCCUCUCCUCGACAAUGGCCGCACACCCAACAGAAGAACUGUCCGGAAUCCAACCCCAUUACCCAAAUUGCAAGUCUUCGCAGUGUGCUUCAUGCGUCUGGUCGAACCAAUGUCAAUAUGGGUGAUCUUCCCGUUCAUCAACGAGAUGGUCCAUGCAACCGGCAUUGUUAGUACUCCAGAGGAAGUGGGCUAUUACUCGGGUCUGAUUGAGAGCGCGUAUGCCUUCGCCCAGUUUUUGACAUCAUACUUUUGGGGUGCCUUGAGUGACAAGAUCGGCCGAAAACCAGUUCUCUGCAUCGGGUUAACGGGGCUGAUCACAGGAACAUUCGUCUUCGGAUUCAUGAAAGUAUACGCCUGGAUGAUCAUCGUGCGAUUCUUGCUUGCGGGCUUCAACGGAAAUGCCGCUGUCGGGAAAUGUGUGUUGGGUGAGGUGACGGAUGCGACAAACCAGGCACGCGCGUUCUCGUUCCUGUCACCGGCUUGGGCAAUUGGCUCCAUUAUCGCGCCUAUCAUCGGCGGUUUCCUCAGCAAACCCGCGGAAAGCUUUCCGGACAUCUUUGGAAAUGUGCAAUUAUUCAAGACUUUUUCGUAUGCAUUGCCAUGCAUUGCUGGAGCCGCACUUACCAGUACUGGGCUUUUCGUCGGCAUUUUUGUACUGAAAGAAACCCUCCCAACAAAGAAACGUAAGGUUGCUCCCAAACAUCCUGUGCAAGAGGCAAACGAGCAUCAUCAUCACCCACAUCGCCAUGAUUACGGGGGAUUGAACACUUUCCCUGUCGAGACGGAGGAAGAGCCUCCCAUCGAGGCUGGAAUCACCCUCGGAGAAAUGCUCAUGAUCCCAAGUAUCCGGAUGGUACUCUUAUCAUAUACCCUCCUGGGACUGAUUACUAUCUGUGUGGACAACAUUUUCGUUUUGUGGAUGUACACGCCUCUCAGGGGCGGGGGCAUCGGCUUAAUGCCCUCUCAAAUCGGAACGGUCCUCGCUUCUGUUGGUGUGAUCUCCACCUUUAUCGGCCUCUUCGUCUUCCCCUACCUUCAGCGUCGGAUUGGCACCACCCCUAUCUAUCGUUUCUGCAUGAGUCUCUAUAUCCUCAUCGUUAUCCUGUUCCCGACCAUACAUUAUCUCGCUCAGAUUAACACUCAAGCCGCAGUCAUUGGCGUCGGUCUAAUCGCUGUGCUAAAGUCUAUGGGUGGAACAGUGUUUGCUUGUGUAAUGAUCCUCGUCAAUAUGUCUUCACCUAGUCGGACAAGUCUCGGAAGGGUCAACGGUGCUGCCCAGACAUCCGCGGCCAUGAUGCGAACGAUAGGCCCUACAAUGGCCUCAUCACUAUUUGCCCUUUCGAACCAUCGUCGCCUAGCCGGAGGGAUGGCUGUUUAUCUCGUGCUUGGCGCCCUGGCGGUAGCGAGCGCAGGGAUCACGUUCCUUGUGCAGGAAGCAACACCGGAAGAGGCGAAGCAGUCACAAUCUCCGCAGGAAGCAUAAAUGUCAAACUUGUUUAGGACGUUAUGCGCCUGAGCGCUGCCACGUAGUAUCUCCCUUGCACAUAGAAA